AUGCUUGUCUCCGUGACGGUUAACUCAGUUAACCGGAAAAUCAGCUGUUUUACAACAGCUUAUUUGCCUGGAAAAACCUUUGCAAAUGAAGUAAGUAUAGAGCAAAGUAAAGAAGUGCAAUAUAAAAAGAAAAGCAAACGGUGCUAGUGUUUCACAACGUAAACGACGGCUUUCAACAAAGUUGCAAUCGUUUUGAUAAAAUAUUAGCGCUCGUUCCGAGACAGAUAUAAUUUUGCGAGGGGAAACGCAAAAGGUAGGCUGUUAUUAGGCUAAUAUAAGUCAAUGACGGUUUGUCUCUCUUUUCUGCAGACGGAAAUGGACGAGGAACAACAAAUAGAUAUGGUUGACACAAACCAACCGCCACGAACAACCAUGGCCUUCCGGCGAGAUGCGGCAGGAAACAACUCCACAUGGUUAGCACCAGCGUGGAACAGUUUCUUAAAUGCCGUGGACUGGGUUUUGAAAUGGCUAUACAUUGGUAUCGAGUGGCCGAAGGACAUAAACUCAGACGCAUUUGCUCACAGGACAGUUACUGCAUCGGAUUCUACUUGUCCGACAGACGGCGUAAGU